UGUACAGAGUGGUGGUAUGUACAGUUUUGUAUUUCACAACUUCAGUUUCUUUCAAUAUCGCAAUAUUAAUAUUUCGGUUUACCAUAUAUAUAUUGAUAACCAAAUCAAUUAUAAUAAUAUAUACAAGCUAUAAAUUUUGUAUAGCAUAAAUGUCAAUCAAUAUAUUUUUUUAUUAUUUCACAAAUGAUAAAAAAUAUACUUUUGUAGACUAUGAUCAAAUUAUGCUAAAUGUGUAAGUACCAUGUUUCAUUCAAUAUGCUUACAUCUUCGAAGGUGAUAAAAAUUGACCUGAUGCAUAGAAGACACGAGAUUCAAAUAUACGUGCUAAAAUCAUUUUUAUUAAAAUAGUCUCUUAAUUUUCUAAAACAUGUCUACAGUUUAGUGUUUCGUUAUUGUAUUUGUUAUUAUUACGUACUUAUUUAGGGGAUAGGUGAUAUAGGUUGGUGGCCAUGAAAUGCUGAACCAGUCUGCUUUUCUACAUGCGUGGAAAUUAACAUAACUGUUCUAUUUAAUUACAAGGUCUCGUCUGCAAUUUAAUCGACUUUUAAUAACAAAGACGAGAUUCUUGUCUGUGCUCCGACAUUGUACACGGACGUGUUGUACGAGGACCUCAUUUAUGAUAUAAAUACUAUUUCCAUCAUACAAAUAUAUGCACUGCGUGUAUUUGUUGUUGCUAAAUUAUAUUAGAAACUCAUAAUAGAAAUGAAGUACUAUUAAGCCUGAUGUCUUGAAUUAUCGGUAACGUCGGUUAAUAAGAAAUGUGUAAUGCCAGUUUAAGUCGAUAUGUUCAGUAGCUCUAUACGAGUCCUCUGGUGGUAUUAAUUAGAGACUCUUCACAUUGAAAAGUGCGGCCGGAAAAGAUUUCUCUUUCAUCUCUAUGAAUAUUUUGUGUCGUGGUAAUGGUUUAAGCUGAUUUUGAUUUUCGUUAUUUAAAAAUAUAUAUUUACUUCUUUCUUUAUGUAUCAUUUCCCGCAUAUUGUACACAAUGUCGAUUGAAAUUGAGUCCGCUGAUGUAAUUCGUUUAAUACAACAGUACCUUAAAGAAUCUAAUCUUGUCAAAACAUUACAAACACUACAGGAAGAAACUGGUGUGUCGUUGAAUACAGUGGAUAGUGUAGAUGGUUUUGUAGCAGAUAUAAAUAAUGGACAUUGGGAUACAGUAUUAAAAGCGAUACAGUCUUUAAAAUUGCCAGACAAAAAACUUAUUGACUUAUAUGAACAGGUUGUCUUAGAAUUAAUUGAGCUACGAGAGCUAGGUGCAGCCAGAUCAUUGUUACGUCAAACAGAUCCAAUGAUUAUGAUGAAACAACAAGAACCUGAACGAUAUAUCCAUUUAGAAAAUUUACUUGCCCGCUCAUAUUUUGAUCCACGUGAAGCAUACCCUGACGGCAGUACAAAGGAAAAACGAAGAGCUUACAUCGCUACAGCACUUGCUGGUGAAGUAUCUGUAGUACCUUCGAGUAGAUUACUCGCAUUAUUAGGACAAGCGUUAAAAUGGCAGCAACAUCAGGGUUUACUUCCACCUGGUACUACAAUAGAUUUGUUCAGAGGAAAAGCAGCUGUACGAGAUCAGGAAGAAGAAAAAUAUCCUACACAACUUUCCAAACAAAUUAAAUUUGGACAAAAAUCUCAUGUAGAAUGUGCACGCUUUUCACCAGAUGGUCAAUAUUUAGUUACUGGUUCCGUUGAUGGAUUUAUUGAAGUCUGGAAUUUCACAACUGGCAAAAUUAGGAAAGAUUUAAAAUAUCAAGCACAAGAUAAUUUCAUGAUGAUGGAACAAGCAGUAUUAUCAAUGUCUUUUAGUCGUGAUAGUGAAAUGUUGGCUGGCGGUGGGCAAGACGGAAAAAUAAAAGUAUGGAGAGUGCAAAGUGGACAGUGUUUAAGAAGAUUUGAAAAAGCUCACUCAAAAGGUGUUACAUGUCUUCAAUUUAGUAGGGAUAAUAGUCAAAUUUUAUCUGCAUCGUUUGAUACUACUAUAAGGAUACAUGGUCUUAAAUCCGGAAAAACGUUAAAAGAAUUUCGAGGACAUUCAUCUUUUGUGAAUGAGGUUGUCUUUGCACCAGAUGGACAUGGUAUAAUAAGUGCAUCAUCAGAUGGAACUGUAAAAAUUUGGAGUUUAAAAACAACGGAAUGUAUAGGCACGUACAAAUCUUUAGGUGCUGCAGACUUAACUGUUAAUAGUAUACACCUUUUACCUCGAAAUCCUGAACAUUUUGUCGUGUGUAAUCGCUCAAAUACAGUAGUUAUUAUGAACAUGCAAGGCCAAAUUGUAAGAUCAUUCUCUAGUGGUAAAAGAGAGGGAGGUGACUUUGUGUGUACAGUUGUAAGUCCACGUGGUGAAUUUAUUUAUUGUGUUGGUGAAGACCUUGUACUUUAUUGUUUCUCUACGUCUUCAGGAAAACUUGAAAGAACUCUCAAUAUACAUGAAAAGGAUGUAAUUGGUUUAACACAUCAUCCUCAUCAAAAUCUUUUAUGUUCUUAUAGCGAAGAUGGUCUUUUAAAAUUGUGGAAACCUUAAAUCUAUUAUUAUACCAUUUCUUUUAUGUUAAUCACUUUAGUUGGCUAUUUUUUAUCACACUAAUUAGGUUGUGUUCGCAUAAUACAAAAUUAUUAGUUUUACCGUGUAAUACCGAUUACAUGAUGAUAAAACUAUUUUAUAUGAAGAAAUUUAUUUCGCUGUUUGAAAUAGAAUUUAAAAAAUCAAUAUGUUCUUAAUUUUAUUAAAUUUUGUAUUAUGCCAAGAUCCGAAUUAGUGCGAAGAAUUGAGUCUUCAUAAGUGUAUGAGCUGUCAGUUCUUUAAUAGUUUAUACAAUUAGAGACAAAGAAAGGGGCUAGAAUUAAACCGUUUAUUCCAAGAAUUUAAACAAUGCGACACACAUUGGUUAUCAAAAUUGAAAUAUAAACUAAUCUUUCGCUAUUAAUGACUUAAUACCUUUAUGUCGAGAAGGACGAGUUGCACCGAUUAAUGCAUUAAGAAAUAUAUAAUUCCAUUUUAAGAAACCAAGUUUUCUAUCAUCAAUAAUUUCCAAGAUAUUCAUAUGAAUCAAUUUAAAUCAGACAUCCUAAAGAGAUUUUUGAGAUUUUGACCUAUGUUUACUAAAGUUUAUCUGCUUAGCAUAGUGUAUUGCAUGUACUAUAUAAAUAUUAAAUGGUUUUUUUAAAGCUUUGUAUAUAUAAAUAUAAAUAUAUAUUAUAUAAUAUUAAUGUGUAGUACAAUAAAGGUUUUGUACUUUGAUUUUUUUGGUAAAUUUUGUUCAAUGGUAUAUAAUAUAACUUAAAAUUUGUAUUUAUUGUAUUCAUAUAAAAACGUACAUAAUGAAAUUGACAUCAUAAUACUGUUAUAACAUAAGUAAGUACGUUAUUGUGCUAACGAUAAUUUACUUAAUUUUGUAUGACAAUAAACGUAUAUAUAUAUAUAUUCAGAUUUGCCUUAAAAUAUUACAUACAAUAAAAUAAAAAUAUAAUUAAAAUUUUUGUAAUGCUUUUGAAAUAUGUGUAUACUAUUCUAUUUAUCUACGUGAAUUAGUUUGAAACCCCUUUUUUUAAUUCAAUGUAACAUUCGUGUAAUUGUUACCAAAUACCAUAUAAUAUAAAAUAUUUAUUUUACUAACUUAUUAUUUCUAUAUUCGUUGCAUUUUAUGAAGUAACUGUAACUGUUAUCAAUAUGGAAUUUGUACCACAAUGAUUUGAUAUCACUAUAUUUUAAAGUAAUAUCAAAUACACUUUAGAUGUUUAAUGUACGUGUCUGCUUAAACAACGUGCUGUUCUUCAAACACAUUGAUCUGUUCGACACAGUAUAUAAACUAUAAUAUUAUACAUUUACAUUAUACGCUAUAAAAUAUAAGGAAGAACAGAAAAUAAAAGAAUGUCCUACAUGAACUAUUAUAACCAUUUGAAUACAUACAAAACAAAAUAAAGCAUGUAGUUUAUUCGCAUAGAUUUAUAAACAAGUUUAUAAUAAUAUCUGUACACUUGUCCUUCAAUUUAUGCAGAGUAUCCGUUUCACGUGGAUUCGUUUUACACGAAUGAAAAUCGCGCAGAUAAAGUCUGUAAAUACAAAAGAAAAGAUAUUGAAAAUAAAAGCUAGUAUAUAUAAAUUUUAAUUUAUAUUUUCUGACCGCGUAAAUUGAGGGACGGGUGUACAUGUAUGUACCCAUUGUAAUGUUAAAUCCCCAUCGAGUUACCGAUUGUAGGAUAAAUCCCGAAUGAACAACAAUUUGGUUAACAACAAACAAUUUAUUAAAUAACAACAAUAACAACUACACUAAUAGUAUUUAU